UAGGGUCAUCUGUGGUGGGGGUCUCCCUAGCCUGGGACGGGUUAGACGAGGGGGGACAGGAGAGGACGGGCUAGCAGGGCAUUGUGGAGGAGGGGCUGUAGGGUGUGAGCCCAGGGUAAGGCCCAGCUGUAUUGCCUGGCCUGGCCCUCCUGGCGCCCGCGCAGAUGGAGCCGCUCCUGGCGGUGAAGAUCGGCUGCCUGGUGGCUCUGCUGUUCAUUACCCUCGUCUGCGGCCUCAUCCCGGCCCAGGUCAAGUGGUUCCAGAUCAAAGCGGCCAAAGGGCGGCACCGGCGCAUCCUGAGCUUCAUCGGCUGCUUUGCAGCGGGGGUCUUCCUGGGCGCCUGCCUCAUGCACACGGCGGCCGACGCGCUGACAGACAUCCAGUGGGAGCUGGGCAAGCGGCUGCAGCAGGCUGCCGCUGGGCGGAACCUGACGGGGACACAGAACGAUUCGUCUAGGGCCAGUGCCUGUGGGGCUGAGCUGGAUUACCCCUUCGCGGAGCUCGUCAUCUCCCUCGGCUUCUUCCUUGUCUUCCUCACCGAGAGCCUGGUGCUGCACUGCUGCCACGCGGCUCCACCGUCCCACGGGGCCCCGGGCAAGGACCCUGCUUGCUCAGCCCCCAGCGUCCCCUCCGUCCCCCACUCCCACGGGGUCACGGUGCCCAACAUCCCCUCUGUCCCACACUCCCACGGGGUCCCGGGGCCUGGCGGCCCCUCACCUGGCUCCUUCCGGGCCCUGGUGCUCUUCAUUACGCUAUCGCUGCACUCACUCUUCGAGGGGCUGGCGGUGGGGGUGCAGCAGGGCGAGGCGGGGGCCCUCCAGCUCUGCCUGGCUGUGCUGGCCCACAAGGGCGUGAUCGCCUUCAGCCUGGGGCUGCAGCUGGUGCAAAGUGGCACCUGGCCCCGCUGGAGGCUGCUCUACCUGGGCAUUUUCGCCCUCAUGUCCCCCUCUGGCAUGGCCGUUGGCAUCGGGCUCUCGUUCUCGGGCGGGGCGGCUGGCGGGCUGGCCAUGGCCCUGGUGGAGGGGGUGGCGGCCGGCACCUUCCUGUACAUCACCUUCCUGGAGAUCCUGCCCCACGAGCUGAGCUCCCGCGAGCCACCCCUGGCCAAGUUCUCCUUCAUCGCCCUGGGCUUCACCGUCAUGGCCACCAUUGCUGUCUGGGCCUGAGGGGGAGGCAGGGCUGGGUGGGGGCUCCAGGGGCCAUGCCUUGCAGAGACUGACCCCAAACGGCCUGUCCCCUCUAGGGGGUGUCAGCUCCCAUCCGGCUCCAGGGCAGGGACUGGCUAGAUCAGGGGGGUGGGGAAUAGGACAUGGAGCCUUUCCCAUCUACGGCGGGGACUGGCUGUCUCAGAGGGCUGGGGACACAGGGCUUUCCCCCCUAGGGGGCGCUGGCUCCCAUCCAGCCCCAGAACAGGGACUGGCUGGCUCUGGGAGCUAGAGACAUAGGUCCUUUCCCCUCCAGGGGGUGCCGGCUCCCAUCAGGCCCCAACGCAGGGACUGGCUGGCUCAGGGGGCUGGAGACACGGGGCCUUUUCUCUCUAGGGGGUGCCGGCUCCCAUCCUGCCCCAGGGCGGGGA